AUGAGUCCUGGGCUCCUUGCCUGCCUUCUGGGGCUUCCUCCUGCUUCAGGGUCUCUCCCUCCGAAGCCUCCUCCUCCCCAGCACCCAGAGCAGUGGACCCACCAAGGGUGCUCCCUGCUGGCCGAGUGGGUGAAGUGGGCCGAGAAGCACCAGCAGUGCCAGCGGCUGAAGCUGAGCGACAUGCUCGCCAAGCCCCACCAGCAGCUCACCAAGUACCCGCUGCUGCUCAAGUUGGUGCUGAGGAAGAGGGAUGGGCCACGUGCCAAGGAGGCCAUCAUCAGCAUGAUCAGCUCCAUGGAGCGCUUCAUCCACCACGAGAAUGCGUGCAUGUGGCAGCGACAGGAGAGACAGCAGCUGGCGGCCAUGGUGAGCCGCAUGGACACCUAUGAGGUGGUGGAGGGUAGCAAUGACGAGGUGGACAAGCUCCUGAAGGAAUUUCUGCACCUGGGCCUGACCACGCCCAUCCCUGGUGCCUCCUCAGAGGAGACGUGUCAGCUGCUGUUGGAGAGCAGCCUGAGGAUGAAGGAGGGAAAGGACAGCAAGAUGGAUGUGUACUGCUUCCUCUUCACGGACCUGCUCUUAGUGACCAAGGCAGUGAAGAAGGCUGAGAGGACCAAGGUCAUCAGGCCACCACUGCUGGUGGACAAGAUCCUGUGCUGGGAGCUGCAGGACCCUGGCUCCUUCCUCCUCAUCUACCUGAACGAGUUCCGCAGCGCUGUGGGGGCCUACACGUUCCAGGCCAGUGGGCAGGCUCUGUGCAAGGGCUGGGUGGACUCCAUUUACAAUGCCCAGAACCAGUUGCAGCAGCUGCAUGUGCAGGAGCAUGCGGGCAGCCAGCAGCACCUACAGAGCCUGGAGGAGGAGGAGGAGCUGGAGGACCAGGAGGAAGACGAGAAGGAAGAGGAGGGUGGGGAGAGUAGCACUGUCGCCGCCAGCUCCCCCACCAUCCUGCGCAAAAGCAGCAACAGCCUGGACACCCAGCACUGCUCCUCAGAAGGCUCCACAGAGACCCUGGCCAUGGUGGUGCUGGAGCCCAGGGAAACGCUCUCCUCUCCCGAGUUCGAGGGCGGCCCCUUCAGCUCCCAGUUGGGCGAGAUGUUCCUCAGUACCACCGCCUCAUCUGUCACACCGCUCGGUGAACUGCUGGCCCUGGGCCCCGGGGAGGGCAGCUCCUGCUCCAUGGACUCCGCCUACCGCACCCUCUCCCCCACCUCCUUGCAAGACUUUGUGACCCCAGCCCCUAUGGUGGAGCCAGUGCCCCGGCCCCUAGAUUUACCACAGGCCCCUUCACCCCCGCCCUUGCCUCGCCUCCGCCGCCGGCGCACCCCUGUGCUGCUGCUGCCCCGCCUGACCCACCUGCUCAAGUCCAAAUCUGAGGCCAGCCUCCUGCAGCUGCUGGCAGGGGCUGCCACCCAGGGGGCGCUCUCAGGCCCCAGUCGCUGCCUGUCAGAACUCUGCUUGGCUGCCAUAGCCACUGGCACUAGGACUUGGGGCUCCCCUCAAGAAGCUGGGCCCCACUGGAAUUACGGGGGCUCACCAAGCCCUGGCAGUGGCUCCUAGCUAUCAGAGAUGGAGGGCAGGACCACCUGCCUGGCAGGGGAACCCGAAGGGCCCGCCAGGAGGGGCAGAGAGCUGCCCUCAGGGACCUCCCCCAGGGUCCAGCCUGAGCACAUGCUGGAUCUUGGAGAAUUUUCCCUGCAGCAGCUGAGUGUCGUCAAUGAGGAGAUAUGUCUUAAACAAGAGCGCUCUCCCAUGAUGGUAUUCAAGAUCCCGAGGGGAAAUGGGCCUUCACUGGAGAUGCAAUUGGAGAAGGACAGUAAGGAUUUCCCAGCUCAGUAG